AUGGAUGCGGUGACUCGUCCAGGAAGUCUUAACCGCUUUACGAGCCACCCCGGCGAAGACAAGGAAGAAUUCGACGAAGAAGAAGGCUGGUGUGAACACUACUCUGUAACUGAAAUCUUUCCCGAUGAACUUCUAUUCGCAAUUUUUUCAUUUCUUGGAUGGAGGGACCUUAUUCACAUAGCACAGACAUGUACCAAAAUGCAUGCCUUUUGCAGUGAUUUGCGUCUUUGGCUUCAGCUUUGGGACCUCGAUUUUUCUCGUUGCAUCACCGCGUCGUUUCAGCGUGUGCUCGAAAUUACGAAACGCUGCCCGAACGCUCGGGUUCUACGCCUCGAUGUGAGUUUGAAUGACGAGCAGUUUGUCGAGAUACUGGCCGUGUGUCCUCGCCUUCACACUUUUCAGAUGAAGAAUGUUGGAAAGCUGGGUAACGCGUCUCUCCGCCGAAUUGCAAGCGAGUGUGAUGAUGUGAAAGCAGUCAAAGUCAGUGGCUCGACUUUUGCGGGCACCUCUGGCGUCGAGGAGGUUGUCAAUGCGCAUGCCAAGACGUUAGAGGAACUCUACUUGAAUCGGUGCUACAACGUCCGAUACCUUCGCUUGACUCGUCACCAGCAAGGUAAACUCGAACGUUUGGCGAAGAUUACAAUUAAGAAUAUGAAAUUUGAAGAGGAAAGCGUUAGGACUUUGUGCGCUAAUUGUCCUUCAGUAGAAGAGCUCUGUCUAGCUGGAUCGACUUUGGCCCAGUUUACUAUGGAGGAGGUGGCAGAUGGACUAACAGAAUUGAAGAUGCUAGAUCUGACUGGAUGUGAUCUAUUGGAAAGUGUACAGCUUCAGAAUCUUGUUGAUUUGAAACUCAUCUGUUGUCAAAAUUGCACAGCUCUCGAGGAAUUCACAGCCGAAUGCUCAAAUUUGACGUCUGUUUUGCUAUCGAAUUGUAGUUCAUUGAAGAAAUUCACUUGUAUAUCAAAGGAGAUAUCGAGUCUUGAUCUGUCUGCUUUGCCAAGACUAGACAAUUUGAGUUUCAAUUGUUCCAAACUUACCGAACUUAAUGUGGCUGCAUCGUCUCGAAUGCCUGUUGCUGUGCUGGAGUCUCUUAUACAGCAACAUUCAGGACUUGAGACGUUAAACAUCCGAAGUUGUAAACAGUUCAGUAAAGAGGACCUUGAAAGAUUAGUUUCUAUGAUGCAAUCUGUGACGACACUGUACUGUGGAGGAAUGACACUUACAGAUUUCACAUACUCUUCUCAGUGCAUUACAUCGCUAAGUCUAGAGAGUGUGGUCGACCUUCCUUUUGUAUCGUUUUUGUCGCCAUCUCUCUGUCAACUGAUACUUCAUAACUGUAGUGAUAUAAAUGAAGAGCAGCUGAUUGAAGGCAUUUUAUAUGGAAGUAGUGUCAAGAAGACAAGCAGUCACUCUCCGGUGAAGAGUGCCGUUUCACCCAAUUUGGGUGCUCCGAACCUUGUGGAUCUUCGAAUAAGUCAUGUACCUAACGUGUCUGGAAAAGCAUUGUCUCUUCUUGGUGGCAACAUUACAUCACUUUGCAAACUGACAGUCACAGAUUCGUUCUUUUUCAAGGAAUUACGUGUGAAUGGUUGGUCAAGUCUUGAGACACUAGAGAUUAUUGCAGCCACAAGAUUUAAUUUUCUUGACGUUCAACACUGUCCUAACUUGAAACAAAUAUCGGUGCUCUAUUGUAGUGAUGUGUCUGAAGUAAACAUCAAUUGUGAAAGUUUGGAAGUGUUUUAUACUGAUGGAUCAUCUUUCAGUAAUCUCCACCUGACAAGUGAUCAGUUGACAAGUCUUGAGUUGGAUAGCAUCAUGGCUAGUGCUGCUAGUACUUUAGAGGUGAACUGUCCAAACCUGCAUCAGUUACGAGUAACACGAUGUAGAGAGUUGGGCAAUGAACGCAUGAGUGAGAUUACUCGAAAUUGUUCGCGUCUGUGCGAGCUAACUGUUGAAGGAUCAAACCGUCUCACAUCUAUUGUGAUUCCUGUUACAGUGACCUUUCUGGAACUGAACGGUCUUAGACGGUUGUCAGAUGUUGUUUUGCAUUCCGAAUCACAGAUUACUGUUUUACAUUUGUGCAGUCUGCCAAAACUUUCACUACAAACACGUCACGACAUACUACAACUCGCCUCGUCUCAUAUGAAGGAACUGAAGAUUAGUGGUCUGGCAAGAGUUUCCGAGAUGAUGCUUGCCUUUGACCGUGUCGAGAGCCUCCUCGUCGAGCAGGUUCUCAACAUGACACAACUGACGGUCAGUUGUCCAAAGUUGCAUAUUCUCAGCCUUCUAGGUUGUCCACAUUUGUCGACUCUAACUUUGAAAGUUGAGAAACUGCAUCAGCUGAAAGUGACAAGUCGUAGUGUAGCCAUACACUCUCUUCGUACAUUACACUUGGUAUCCAAUAGUGCUCGUUUCCUUUCUCGUAUUCUUGAGCUAUACUGUCCGAGAUUAGUAGAGCUCACUCUAACUGGAGCUGUAGUGAGUGUCGCAAGGUUAUGUGGUGCAUCUCAUCAACUGCGCUUUCUCAAGAAAAUCCAUUUAGACAAAUGUACAUUGGAGACGAAUGGCAACUACAGAGUGGAUGGAAGUGGCAUGUUUAUGAUACAAAGGCAUGAAUCAGAUGUAGAGUUUCCAUCGGCUCCGGUUGAAGUGUCUCUGUCCAACACAGUUGUGGUAGACGAUGCAAUGGAAGUGGAUGACCAAUAGCAUAGCACAGACUGUCAGUACACUUGUUGCAUUCACUGCUGACAGUGUGGUGUGCAUGCACUGCACGAGCAUGCAGUCGGACAAAGUUUGUUGGCAGUGAACAUGAAAUCAAUCUACGACUAUCCACGUAUGAAUUGCUACAUAACUAACUGUGCAGAAUAUGAGUUAUAUUUUUGCUGAACUGAAAGCUACGGGUACAGGUAUCUAUCUCGUUUGUGUGGUGGUGUCUCCCCGUGUGGUGUGACAACCCUCCUUGUGUGGUGACAACUGCACAAGGGUGGUUACUAUACAUACUGCAAGCUUGCAUGCAAGUGUGCUUGCAAAGUUACUGACA